CAUACCCCAAUGCCGUGUAGUAGGCGUGAGGCUGAUGUCUGCUUGCAACCUAGCUUUCAAGCUAGCCUAGCUAGUGAAGAUAAUCGAUAGAUUGGAUUUCAUAAAACGAGACAAAUAGAAAGGGGAACAUUAAGAAAGAGACAUAGUUUACUGCAGGAGUUUUACCUGUCAUCAUGUCGCUGGACACUCCAGUGACAACCGAAACAACCUUGGACACGGCCACAGAUACGCACAAGUUGACAGCCAUAACCACGGAAACACAGAUGGAGAUGUCUCCAGCUGCUGGCCCCGAAUCACCCAGGGCCCCUGCAGCUCCUACCCUAUCCCCAGAAGCACCCAUCGCCCCAGACCCAGACCCUGCUCUAGACCAACCCCGGGUUUUAGACCCAGCCCCAGAGCCGGCCCCUAACCCGGCUCCAGAGCCAGAGCCGGCCCCAGCGGUGGCCCAGAACCCAAGUUGUAAAAUCAUGACUUUCAGGCCCACCAUGGAGGAGUUUCAGGACUUUGCCAAGUAUAUCGCCUACAUCGAGACUCAAGGAGCACACCGGGCCGGUCUGGCAAAGGUGAUUCCUCCCAAAGAGUGGAAGCCGCGGCGAUCCUACGACACCAUCGAGGACAUGGUGAUCCCUGCUCCCAUCACCCAGGUGGUGACGGGCCAGUCAGGCCUCUUCACCCAGUACAACAUCCAGAAGAAGUCCAUGACGGUGGGGGAGUAUCGCAAACUGGCCAACAGCAAAAAGUACUGUACUCCCCGGCACAAGGACUUUGAUGACCUGGAGAGAAAGUACUGGAAGAACCUGACUUUCGUGUCGCCCAUCUACGGCGCUGACAUCAGUGGGUCGCUCUACGACUCGGAAAUCACGGAGUGGAACAUCGGCCACCUCAACACGCUACUGGACAUGGUGGAGCAGGAGUGUGGCAUCGUUAUCGAGGGCGUCAACACGCCCUACCUGUACUUCGGCAUGUGGAAGACCACCUUCGCCUGGCACACGGAGGACAUGGACCUCUACAGCAUCAACUACCUGCACUUCGGACAGCCCAAGUCCUGGUAUGCCAUCCCACCGGAGCAUGGAAAGAGGCUGGAGAGACUGGCACAAGGGUUCUUCCCAGGCAGCUCGCAAGGAUGUGACGCUUUCCUCCGCCACAAGAUGACCCUCAUCUCUCCCUCCAUCCUGAAGAAGUACAGCAUUCCCUUCGACAGGAUCACUCAGGAAGAGGGGGAGUUCAUGAUCACCUUCCCCUACGGCUACCACGCUGGCUUCAACCACGGCUUCAACUGUGCAGAGUCCACCAACUUUGCCACGCUGCGCUGGGUGGACUACGGCAAGCUAGCCUCGCAGUGUACGUGUCGUAAGGACAUGGUGAAGAUCUCCAUGGACGUGUUUGUGCGGAGCCUGCAGCCGGAGCGCUACGAGCUGUGGAAGAGCGGCAAGGACGGCACCCAGCUGGACCACCAGAGGCCCACCACCCUGGACAGCCCCCAGCUGCAGCUCUGGAGGGAGAACCGGGUCACCCGCAAGGAGAUGCUCCUGCGCAGGGCCCAGCAGAGGAGGAAGCAGCUGCGGCGCCUGCGCCCGGAGGAGGUGAAGGCCCUGGAGGAGGCGGGCGUGGAGCUGGACCUGGCCGACUACCAGCGGCAGGUGGAGGAGAGGGAGGAGCAGCGGCGGCAGCAGCGGCAGGAGCGGCUGGACCGCGAGGCCCUGCUCACCCUGGAGGCCAUGGAGAGGGAGGAGCAGGAGGCCGCCGCCGCCGCGCUGGCCGAGCAGGAGCGCACGCCGUCGACUGACCCCGAGAGCUGGACGGAGAACGGCAAGAAGAAGAAAAAGAAGAAGAAAGCGGCUCUGAACGACCCCGUGGCAAACUUCCAGGCCGCCUUUGAGCAGUUUGCCGCCAGCUCGGGUCCGGAAGUCCACGGCGCCACAGAGAACAAGCCGGAAGGAAAGAGUCAGUCGUACUCCAAGAUGAAGACCACGGUGGAGGUGAAGAAGAGCAGGAGGCACCCCCUGAUGAAGCCGCCCCUGCGCUCGCCCCCCUCCAUCGUCAAGCAGGACCCCUCCAGCAGCGAAGAGGUGUUCUCCCCCUGGCCACUGGAUGGCGACGUGAAGAAGGCCGGACACCUGUGGCAGAACCGGCAGCCCAACUUCCAGGCGGAGAAGGCCUUCAACGGCGCCGUGGCGACCCUGGAACCCCACUGUGCCAUCUGCACCCUGUUCUGCCCCUACACGCAGUUCCAGAAGGAGCCCCCCCAGGGGAGCGAGCCCCCCUACCAGACACUCCGCGGCAGCCGCACGCGCCCCCUGGUCCCCGAGAUGUGCUUCAGCGCCGGGCCCGACAACACGGAGCCCCUGCCCUCCCCCUCCCUGGUCGGGGAGGACGGAACCAGCCCCCUCCUGACCUGCUGCUGCUGCGACCUGCAGGUCCAUGCCAGCUGUUAUGGUGUUAAGUCCGAGUCGGUAGACCAGAGCUGGAAGUGCUCCAGGUGCUUAGCAGGCGCUCGGACCGCGGAAUGCUGUCUUUGCAGUCUAAGGGGAGGAGCUCUGAAGAUGACGACAGACAGCAGGUGGGUGCACGUGAUCUGUGCCAUCGCCGUGGCCGAGGCCCGCUUCCUGGACCCCAUCGCCAAGGAGCCGGUGGACGUCAGUUCCAUCCCAGACACCAGGAAGAGCCUGAGAUGCGUGUACUGCCACAAGUUCAGCAAGCAGCAGCCUCGCGGCGCCUGCAUCCAGUGCUCCUACGAGAACUGCUCCACCUCCUUCCACGUCACCUGCGCCCACAUCGCCGGCGUGCUCAUGAGGCCGGCCGAUUGGCCCUACGUGGUGUCCGUCACCUGCCACAAGCACAGGAUGACCUAUCCGAGGAUGCGGCAGAAGGAACUGGGGAUCGGUGACAAAGUGGUGGGUCGCUACAAGGACCGCUGCUACUACCCCUGCACCAUCAUCGGCACGGCAACGACCACCUGCUACGAGAUAAACUUUGACGAUGGCUCGUACUGCGACAACUUCUUCCCCGAGAACGUAGUGAGUCACGACUGUCUCCAGAACGGUCCCCCAGAGGAGGGGGAGGUCACCGUGGUCCACACCGCCGACGGCCAGGUGCUCAACGCCUCCUUCGUCAGGGAGCACGUCCACAAACACUACCAGGUCGAGUUCCAGGACCACACCCAGAUGUUAAUGAAGCACAGCGAGAUUCACUCUCUGGACCAGGAACUGCCCAAGAGGGUCCGGGCGCGUCUGGCCAUGCCAGUCAACGAAUCCGAAGAUGAAGCGCAAGCUGCCAAGAAGCUUUGCCUGCCCUCUGAACCCCCCUCAGCACCCCCUCAGACCCCAAUGGACACAACGGAGCACCUUCCCUGCCCCCCAGCCGCAGGCCUCCCAUUGGCCCAGCCAGCACCAGCACACCACAGUAUUAACUCCCCCGUCCCAGUCUCUCAGCUGACUACCUGUCCCACCCCCCGGGGCGACUCCUCCACCGUACCCGAGUCUGCCCGUGCGCCCAGCUAUGACCCCUCUAUCCUUGACGCCACCUUGACCCAGGACCCCGUCCUGGUGGCCUUCUCCCAGCCCCUGCCGCUAACCAGCGGCUACACGCCAAGCAGCGGCUACGUGUCGUACAUGGAGACGCUGCUCAACUCCCACUUCCCCUCUCAGGAUCCACCUUUAGCCCGUCCGGACGAGGGCCAAGGGCCAGUGUAUUAAAAGAGACCAGAUGUUGAGCAUGGGCUAUGCCAACAUUGGCCAUGGCAUCCGAGGCUACGCUCACGGAGGCCAAGCUAACAGCGGAUAUGCUAACGGCUGCCGUGCUAACGAACACAACGCCAGUUGAUACAGUGCGUCCUUUACACAGUCUGGUGCUUAGUGCUUCGAGGAAUUAAAAGGAAGGUUAGUGGAGGGGGGGGGGGGAAACACACUUUUGUUGCUGUUGCAUGUCCUCUUUUCUUGUUCUUUUUCCCGUCCUUGUCACUUAGCCUGCUCUGAAACAGCAGCAGCAGCACCUAGUGAGAAGAGAAGACUGUUCUCCACUCCUGUGUGGCUCCUCCAUUGUGCCAGACUGUGUAAACUUUAGAGACUUGAACAACCACCAACGCCAUACCUCUCUGCAUCAUUAAUAAUGAAACACUUUGCAUAGGUUUUAUAGGAAGUAGUCUAAUUCUAAUCCCAUGGCCACGGGGGCAUGUGAAGUCCUAGUUCCGAAGCCUGUUCAGUUAUUCAAUAACUUUACCAGCAACAAAUCUAUUUUUGAAGCAAGGCAAACAUGGGUCGCAAACUGAUGGAAUAAGAAAAUGUAGUUGUUGGCAUAUAUUUGUGUCCAGUUUCAGUGUGUGGUAUUUCAUUUGGGAGGAGAGGAGAACCGAUAAUGGUGUAUGGGUAUUUAAAUGUCUAAUGUCACAUUGAUAUAAUAUUUGUACAAAGGAAAAGCAUAUGUUGAAUGCCUGUUAAUCUUGUCUGCAGAAACAUUGGAUUUUGUGAAGAUGUCUUGCAGUAGUUCUGGAAUGUGACCUUGUAUCAAUGACGUACACCAAACUGGUCAUUUUCAGCUCUUGUUUUCCAAAACCAGACUUUUCUGGUUUAUUUUGUAGCGUUCUUCCUAAAAAAACAAAAAUACAUUUUGAUGUUAUAUACUAUUCAAUUUGCUGUUUUUAUCACUGUAUUCUUUCUAAACUUAUUUUGUUAAUAUAUGAAACGACUUCACUGAGUAAGAAAUAAGUUUCAUUAUAAAAUUGACAAUUAUUUUUGCAAGUUUUAGAGAUUGAAUUUAUACUCUGGUAAGCAUACCAAUCAACUUAAAAUGUUUUCAAAAUGGUGUGUCGCGAUCUUACAAAGUGCUACAGGGAUUUAGGACUACUGACAAAGUGUAGAACUCAUUGUGCUGCAUUGUACAUAAUUACAUUUCAUCUGUAUGCAAAUCAAAUGUCUGUCAUACUAGCCAUGUUUAUUUUUUUUGUCAUUGCGACAGUACGUCGACAAGUCCACGUUCCAAUGUUCAAAUCCACCACGAAAGGGUCUAUUUCAUAGAAAUAAAUACUGGGUUGCAAGGGA